CAGCAAAGCUCCCCGAGAGAGGUAGAGACCUCAGCUCCAACGCACCCUGCCACUAUUAUUAAAAAAAUAAAAUCACUUUGACCAGCUCCGGCACCGACCAGCUCUCUCAGCCCGACCCCUGAAUUUUUUGGCGAGGAUCCGGGAGCAGGUUUCACCCCUCGUCGCCUCCCCCCCCAAACCCCCCAGCCUUGCCCGCGGCUCCGGCGAGGUUUGCAGGCACCUGGCGGCCCUCCCCGCCCGACGGCACCCCCAGGCACCGCCCGGGGCAGGCAGGGCUCUCGGGCGGCUCCCCCUCGCCCGGAUUUCGGCCAACUCUCCUUCUCCCCGCCACAACUUUAGCAUGAUGUCUUAUCUUAAGCAACCACCUUACGCAGUCAAUGGCCUGAGUCUCACAACCUCGGGCAUGGAUUUGUUGCAUCCUUCCGUCGGUUAUCCCGCCACCCCCCGGAAGCAGCGGCGGGAGCGCACCACCUUCCCCCGGGCGCAGCUGGACGUGCUGGAGGCCCUUUUCGCCAAGACCCGCUACCCCGACAUCUUCAUGCGGGAGGAGGUGGCGCUGAAAAUCAACCUGCCCGAGUCCAGAGUGCAGGUAUGGUUUAAAAACCGCCGAGCCAAGUGCCGGCAGCAGCAGCAGCAGCAGCAGAACGGGGGCCAGAAUAAGGUCCGACCAGCUAAAAAGAAGAAUUCUCCUGCCCGGGAAGUGAGUUCGGAGAGUGGGACCAGCGGGCAGUUCACUCCCCCCUCCAGCACCUCCGUCCCCACCAUCUCCAGCAGCAGCGCCCCCGUCUCCAUCUGGAGCCCGGCCUCCAUCUCCCCGCUCUCCGACCCCUUGUCCACCUCUUCUUCUUGCAUGCAGAGGUCCUAUCCCAUGACCUACACCCAGGCAUCAGGCUACAGCCAAGGAUACGCUGGCUCGACCUCCUAUUUCGGAGGGAUGGACUGUGGAUCUUACUUGACCCCUAUGCACCACCAGCUUCCCGGGCCGGGGGCCACCCUGAGUCCCAUGGGUGCCAACGCGGUCACCAGCCACCUCAACCAGUCUCCAGCCUCCCUCUCCACCCAGGGCUACGGAGCCUCCAGUUUGGGCUUUAACUCCACCACCGAUUGCUUGGAUUAUAAAGACCAAACGGCCUCCUGGAAGUUAAACUUCAAUGCUGACUGCUUGGAUUAUAAGGACCAGACGUCGUCAUGGAAGUUCCAGGUUUUGUGAAGAACCUUGGUGAUAAGGAGAGAAAUCGCGACGAGAACGAACAGGCUGGGCGGAAAGCUCCAGUUUUAGUCAGGUCUUGGUUAAAUUAAAGAGAAAAAUAACUCAACGGACAAACAAAACGAACAAACAAACAAACAAAAAUAAAUAAAAAAAAUAAAUCCGACAGCGACAAGAGGGGGGACAGUGUUGGUGUGAUCCCGUUCAGACUCAUCUCCUGCUCAGACGCUCUGGAAAAGGAAAUAAUAGAAGAGGAAAAAAAAACAGAAACGGAGGAGGAAGGCCUUAAACGGACAGAUCAUCUAGUGAGCAGAAAACAGACAGACCCAUCCGUGUUCUUUCUAGUUUUAGGCAAUUGUUGGGUUUCUUUGUUUGGAAGAGGUGGGAGAUGGUCCCACCUACGGGCCAGUUUUAAAAAAAAAAAAAAAAAAAAAAAGUCACAAAAAAAAGUCUAGGUUUUUAUUUCUUUUUUUUUUUUUUUUUCGUGUGUGCGUGGAAAGAUCCUUCACCCAGAGGUUUCCAAUGUGUUAGCCAACCCUCGGUUAAAAUAUUCGGAAUGGACAGCAUCUCUCUUUUUCUCCCUCUUUUUCUCCCUCCCUCCCUCUUUCUUUCUCUCUCUCUCUUUCUUGCUCUCGAGCUCAUCCAACUGUUUCACGCCCAACUUGCUCAAGUUGGCACCCGGAGAACUUGGUUCAGGGCUGUGUGGGUUUGUGUGACUGAUUGUCCUAGCUGCACUACUUUAUUUAAAGAUUAAAAAAAAAAAAAAGAUAAUGUUCAUAAGGAGUCAAUAUGUAGUUUUUAAGAGACAAUCAGUGUGUGUCUUAUAUAAAUGGUACAUCUGUGGUUUUUAAUCUGUGCUAGACUUCAAAACUGUGAUCUCCUGUAUUGUAUGCAACUACGGGCUCCGCACCAGUGGGAGUUCGGCUGUGAUUUAAAUAGGUUAUAAUUAUAAGUGAAAUUCAGAGCAACUGAGUUACCUAUUAUCAUCUUUUGAAAAAUAAGAAUAAUUAAAAAAAAAUAUAUUGAAAAAAAAA